UGAUCCGUUCAAUUUCUGUUUUAUGAUCAGUUCCUUGAUUCUCCUGACCAUUGCUGAUGACAGUGUGUUGAUGAUGUGGGAAGAAAUGAAAUGCUGAUCACUUCAAAGGAUUAAACAUGUAUAUCAAUUUGAACUUCAUUUACAAUAAUGAAAUGAGGCCUUUCACUUUAAUGUCUUUGCACUUCAACCACCUGGAGAUGAAGACCAUGAAUUCCUUCAAAUCAGCCUUUGAGCCCUUUUCAUCAGAAUAUUGUUGGGGAAAUUGUCUUGAUCAGUGUCAUGCUGGAAGGGCAAAAGCUGCAAUUGGUGGCAAACAUCUUCCACCAAACUUCAUUGAGAAUGUACCUUUACAGAGACUGGUUUCUCGCCAAGAUGUGGCAGAUAAAGUGUAUUCUUUCUGGCUAGCAGUGCUUCAGCUUUUAUCACUGCAAACACACUGGUGUUAGUCGGUGGUAGUUGGAUCACAAAUUAUGUUUCCAUGGCAA